AUGGACUCUGGAACCCUUGCUUCCGUUCAAGCCAGCAAGAAUAGCCUCUCUCCCGUGUCUCUCAAUGGCCUCAAGUCAGAAAACGAAGCAGUCAAACCACGGCUGUCGCGAAAGCUGUCGCAGAAGCUUGCCGAGCCCGAACCUCGCCUUUACCACCACCUCGCAAACGUGACGGACGAAUCCUGCAGAAGCUUCCAGGUCAUUCGAGACUGUCUGUACGGCUCCAAGCACCUCGGCUCAACCGACAACGACGCCUUGGACUGCGAAUGUGCAGACGAAUGGCGAGACGGCGAGAAUCACGCUUGCGGCGAAGACUCUGAUUGCAUCAACCGCGCCACCAAGAUGGAAUGCGUCGCGAGCGGCAGCAACUGUGGCGGGGGUUGCCAAAAUCAGCGAUUCCAGCGAAAAGAAUGGGCAAACGUCGUCGUCAUCAAGACGGAAAAAAAGGGCUAUGGCCUCCGCACCGAUUCGGACCUCGAGCCAAACGACUUCAUCUACGAGUACAUUGGCGAGGUCAUCAACGAGCCCACGUUCCGCCGGCGCAUGCUGCAGUAUGACCAGCAAGGCAUCAAGCACUUCUACUUCAUGUCGCUAAACAAGUUCGAGUUUGUCGACGCCACGCGCAAAGGUAACCUCGGCCGGUUCUGCAACCACUCGUGCAACCCAAACUGCUACGUCGACAAGUGGGUGGUCGGUGACAAGCUUCGCAUGGGAAUUUUUGCGCUGCGCACAAUCCGCGCAGGGGAGGAGCUGGUCUUCAACUACAACGUCGAUCGAUACGGUGCCCAGCCUCAGCCUUGUUACUGCGGGGAGCCCAACUGCGUCGGUUUCAUCGGAGGCAAGACGCAAACGGAGCGCGCCACCAAGCUACCCACGGCCGUGGUCGAAGCCCUCGGGAUCGACGAUUCGGACGGCUGGGAUACCGCCGUUGCUAAGAAGCCGCGCCGGAAGCGACCCGAAGAAGACGAUGAAGAGUAUGUGGAAAGCGUGACCGCCCGGAGCCUGGACGAAGACGGCUCUCGGAAAGUCAUGGCUGCUCUGUUGCAAUGCAAAGAGAAGUGGAUUGCCGUCAAGCUGCUGCAGCGUAUCCAGCGGUCGGACGAUGAUCGCGUCAUUCGCUCCGUCAUGCGCAUGCACGCGUAUCAAAUUCUAAAGACGACCCUCAACACGUUUAGAGAGGACCACAACGUCGUGCUGCAAGUGCUGGAGAUUUUGGACAAGUUUCCCCGCAUGACAAGGAAUAAGAUUCAAGACUCCAACAUCGAAGCCACCAUCCAAGGGUUGAUCGACUCGGACGACGAACAGGUCGCCUCGAAAUCCAAGAAGUUGCUGGAGGACUGGAGCAAGCUGGAGAUGGCAUACCGCAUCCGACGGCGCAAGGUCGAUCCCAACGCUCCCGUUCAACAAAACCUCUUUGACGAUCGCCGAGGCCAGGCUCGCGAGGAAGAGACGGCGCUGUCGACACCAAAGACAGCCUCGCCUCGCCCAAUCGAUGCCCCCAAGGGGCCCAAGAAUAGUGUCCCGCAGCGCAGCCUCUCGUUUCAGCACAACCCGAACCGACCGCCCCGGCGGUUUGAGCCGCUCCCCGAGGGAUGGUUUACGGCCAAGGACGCGAGGGGCAACAUAUACUACUACGACAAGCAAGGCAAGACAACCUGGAGCCGGCCAACCCACCCCGUAGACGAAGGACCUAAAGCACCCUCAAAAGCGAUACAGGAGCAGCUGGCUAUCCAGAGCAUCAUUGACCGAGUAACCAAAGAAGGCACCCCUAAGCAGACGCUGUCUCAACCUACGCGUCCAGCCGCCACCACCCACGACUCGCCCACCAAAGAUCCCAAGAGAGAAAAAUGGAAGUCACUGCCCCUGGACAAGCAAAUGAAGAUUUACGAGAACACGGUUUUCCCUCCUGUAAAGCACGUUUUGGACAAGUUCCGUCACAAGCUGCCCAAGGAAGAGCUCAAGCGAUUAGGCAAGGAAAUUGCCAAAAAACUCGUAGCAUCCGAUUACAAGAACAGAAGAGUCAACGAUCCGACGGCGGCGCUUAGUGAAAAGCAAACGCUCAAGAUCAAGAAAUACGUCAAGGACUUUUUGACCCGCGCGGUGGAGAAGUACGACGAACACCAAAAGAAACAGGCGCCCAGCAGCGAGCCGACAAACGAGUCGCGCAACGCUGGAGCUGUUCGUAACAAGGCUUCUUUCGCUGGAAACAGCCCCAAAGACAUUGACGUUGGCGAUGUCGCCGACGUCGCCGACGACGAUGCAAGCGAUGCCGAUGCCGAUGCCGAUGCCGAUGCCGAUGCCGAUGCCGAUGCCGAUGCCGAUUCCCCUAGCAGCCACGACCGCAAGCGCAAACGAGAAGCUGGCUGCCCUCGCGAUUCGGCAGGCGCGACACCAUCAGAUGGCCCGGACGUGAAAAGGAUACGGCCCGAAGAUGCCGCCGAACCAAGCCCGCCGCCGCCGCCUCCACCUCCUCCAGACUCGGCAACCGACGACGGCCUGUGCGAGGAGCAGAAAGCUCUCAAGGAACAGGAAGAAGCGCUGAUGCGGGAGAACGAAGAAGCGCAAAGGUUAGAAGAUGAGGCAAACAAGGCCAGGUCCAUGGAGGAGCAGGUCGAAGAAAUGCCCAAGGAUAUUAUUGCCUUGGUGGCAUAA